AUGAGCGACUGGGACACUGUUACCAAGAUUGGCAGCAAGGCUCGCGGCGGCGCUGCUCCCCGCGAGACUGUUGUCAAGGGCAAGAGCGCCUUGAACGCCGCUCAACGUUCAGGCUUGAUUCUCGGCACAGAAAAGAAGUACACAACCGGCAACUUGGCCUCGAAAGCUGGCGCUCCUGAUGGUCAGCACUUGACGAAGGUUGACCGCAGUGACGACAUCAUCAAGCCCAAGACUGUUGGCCACCAAGUUGCAGAUGCUAUCAAGAGGCGCCGAACCGAGGAGGGAUACAAGAUGACACAGAAGGAACUCGCCACAAAGUGCAACACCACAAUGACCGUCAUCCAGGACUUUGAGCGCGGUACCGCCACACCUGACCAGAAGGUCCUCAGUGCGAUGGAGCGUGUCUUGAACAUCAAGCUCCGCGGCACUGACAUUGGUGCGGAGAAGUUCCCCAAGAAGAAAUAA